AUCCCAGACUGCCUCAACGUGCGUCCGCCAUCUUGUUUAUUUUCAUUCGAGAUCAAGAUUUGCUAUGCCUUUUUUAAAAGGCAUGAUAUUCUGCAUGUGAGUCCCCUGUGAGGGGUUUAUACAGCAGACAUUGGGCAGAUUGUGAGAAAACAGGCGAAAGUGACCGUUCCGCCAAAAAGUCCACAAUCUCCAGGGCGAGAUCGUCAUAAAGCGGUCACUAUAAAUAAUUCCAAUAACACCAUGAAUCAUGUGAAUGACCAUGGUGAAAGGGAUAAGUUACAAGAUGUGGAAAUGGAUAUUGAUCAAAAGAAGGAGGAGAACAAGGAAGGCGGAGAUGAUGCCAACAUGAUGCAGAUGAAUGGUGACAUCCAAGGAAAUGGAGCAACAAAUCAGGAAGAUGCUGAGAUGGAAGAAGAUGAGUGUCGAUCAGAGGCAACAUUUAGAUAUACUGUUGAAAACAUAAGCAAGUUAAAAGAAACGGCCCUCAGUCCUCCUUGUAUGGUUCGCAAUCUUCCAUGGAAAAUCAUGUGCCAACCAAGACCUGGCAGUGAGAGACACAACCAGAAAACCAUGGGCUUCUUCCUGCAGUGUAAUGCUGAGUCAGAUUCUGUAUCCUGGUCGUGCAAUGCAUCAGCUACACUCAAGUUGAUUCAUCAGACAAAUGAGGCUGAAAGUCACACAAAGAAAAUACAACAUCUGUUCUACAGUAAAGAAAAUGACUGGGGCUACAGUAAUUUCAUUGUCUGGAAUGAACUUUUGGAUCCCAACCGAGGUUUUGUGGCUGAUGACAAGAUAAUACUGGAGGUGCAUGUUAAAGCUGAUGCUCCUCAUGGCGUUAGCUGGGACUCUAAGAAACACACAGGCUUUGUGGGACUCAAAAAUCAAGGAGCAACAUGCUACAUGAACUCUCUUCUACAAACCCUGUUUUUCACCAACAAAUUAAGAAAGGCAGUAUACCUGAUGCCCACGGAGUCCGAUGACAGUGAUAAGAGUGUGCCACUGGCUCUACAGAGGGUGUUCUAUGAACUCCAGUUUAGUGAUAAACCUGUAGGAACUAAGAAACUAACAAAAUCCUUUGGAUGGGAGACUUUAGACACUUUCAUGCAGCAUGAUGUCCAAGAGCUCUGUCGUGUGCUACUAGAAAACAUGGAAAGUAAAAUGAAGGCUACAGUUGUAGAGAACACGAUUCCUAGGCUGUUUGAAGGAAAAACUUUGUCUUAUAUUCGAUGUAAGCAUAUUGACUACUGUUCAAGCAAAGAGGAGGCUUUCUAUGAUAUUCAACUAAACUUAAAAGGCAAAAAGAAUGUAUAUGAAUCAUUUCAAGAUUACAUCAAAGUGGAGUCGCUGGAUGGAGAGAAUAAGUAUGAUGCAGGUGAACAUGGCCUACAGGAAGCUGAGAAGGGCGUGUCUUUCCUAAGUUUCCCUCCUGUACUUCAUCUUCAUCUGCUUCGAUUUAUGUAUGAUCCAAUGGCUGAUGCUUAUGUUAAAAUCAAUGACAGAUUUGAGUUUCCUGAACGUCUUAAUUUGGACAAAUUUCUAAAUCCCAAAGAAAAGAAGGACAAGACCCCCGCUAGCUAUAUCCUCCACGCUGUUCUGGUCCACAGCGGGGAUAACCACGGGGGUCACUAUGUGGUGUACAUAGCUCCCAGAGGGGACAGCAAGGUAAAGACAGGACAAAAUUGGUGUAAGUUUGAUGAUGAUGUAGUGUCCAGGUGUACGAAGCAAGAAGCGGUAGACAACAACUUUGGAGGACAUGAUGAGGAAGUGGCCGUCAAGCACUGUACAAAUGCCUACAUGUUGGUGUACAUACGGGAAAGCUGUUUAAAUGAUGUUUUGUGUGAAGUAACUGAAGCAGACAUUCCACAGACUUUAAUAGAGAGACUGGCUGAAGAAAGGAGGCUGGAAGCUCAGAAGAGAAAAGAGCGGACAGAGGCUCAUCUAUACAUGACAAUACAAGUUGUGUCAAAUGACAAUUUCUAUGGACAUCAAGGAAAUGAUUUGUUUGAUCCAGAUAGAGUGAAUUAUCGGACAUUUAAAGUGAAAAAGUCGUGUAGUAUAUCAGAAUUCUUGGAUAUUAUUGCUGAGAAUAUGAAGUACCCUCUGCAACAGAUGAGGGUAUGGCCAAUCCAAAGUCGCCAGAAUCAAACAGUCAGACCAACAUUUCUAGAUUUGGAUACAUAUGGACAUAAAACGGUACAGGAGACAGCGGACAGUGAGAGUCCAUGGACAGUGUGGGUGGAGACACUGAGUCCAGAGAGUGGACUACAGGAGCUUCCUGUGUUUGAUAAAGAUAAUGAUGUCCUGAUAUUUGUAAAAUUGUACGACCCCAAAACAGCAUCAAUUUCCUUUUGUGGUCAUAUGUAUGUGCCAAUCUCGGCCAAAGUUUCGGAACUGAUGCCAGAUUUGUGUAGACGGGCAGGUUUCCCAAUCAACACACCUCUUACACUCUUCGAGGAAGUGAAGCCCAACAUGGUGGAGUUGAUAGAUGACGUCAACCUGCCCUUGGAGAAGACUCUGGAGGAGCUGAUGGAUGGUGAUAUAAUUGUCUUUCAAAGGGAUGACCCUGAAGUUCACCAGUAUGAACUGCCCACUGCCAAGGAUUACUUUAAGGAUCUCUACUACAGGGUUGAGGUGAUAUUCUGUGAUAAACUAAAUCCCAGUGAUCCUGGUUUCUCUCUGGACUUGUCCAUGAGGAUGAACUACGAUCAGAUGGCCAAUGCUGUGGCCCAAUAUUUACAUACCGAUCCAUAUCUGCUCCAGUUCUUUAAACCACAAAGCUAUCGAGAAGGUCCAGGCAAUGCAAUUAGGUGUACUUUUGAGGGUAAUCUAAAAGAUCUCUUGUUGUACUCAAAACCGAAGCAACCUAGGAAAUUAUAUUAUCAACAGUUGAAUAUAAGAAUAAAUGAGUUGGAGAACAAGAAGCAAUUCAAGUGCACAUGGGUUAACAGCAAACUCAAAGAGGAGAAAGAACUGGUGCUUUACCCCAACAAGAAUGGGAGAGUAUCUGACCUGCUGGAAGAAGCCAAGAAGCAGGUCACUCUGUCCGAGGACGGCUCAGGCAAACUUCGGUUGUUAGAGGUGAUCAGCUAUAAAAUCUACUCCAUACAACGCGAGGAGACAUUGCUAGAUCUCUUGAGCUCCCAGGGAUCAACCAAAAGCUAUAGGAUAGAGGAAAUACCGUUGGAUGAAGUGAACUUAAGUUCCAAUGAGACACUUAUACCUGUUGCUCAUUUCCAGAAGGAGGUGUUUUCCACUUUUGGUGUCCCAUUCUUAUUAAAGAUUAAACAGAAUGAGCCAUUUUCUGCUGUAAAAGAAAGAGUUCAGAAGAAGCUAGAUAUACCAGACAAAGAAUUUGAGAAGUACAAGUUUGCAGUGGUGGUAAUGGGAAGGGUUGAACACAUAUCAGAUGAGGAUCAGAAUAUUCGAGUUGAUCUUGACAUCUUCAAGCCUCAUGCUAUUCAAGGUGCAAACAUGCAGGCUCGGCCAUGGCUUGGUUUGGAUCAUGUCAAUAAAACACCCAAAAGGACUAGGUACAAUUAUUUAGAAAAAGCAAUAAAGAUCCAUAACUGAGGAGGGAAGAAUUCCUGUUUCUUUAGAUUUGCCGUCCUUUGGAUCGCUAAACUAAAUAUACCAAUGACAUAAGAGGAAAGGGUCUAGUCGUUAUACUGUAGCUACUAAGAGUACAACAUCCCCCCAUAUAUGCAGCUUUUCUGAAGACCAUUCAUUGUUAUUGGUUUUUGUGUUGGACACUGUUUACAUUUGAUAUUCGUGCAAUCAUCUGUGCUCUUGGAUGGUCUUUGAUGUAGUGUGUGAUCUCCUAUUUCUUAACGUGAAGCGUGUGAUUCAGAAUGAGACAAAGUGCUGUUAUGUUUUAAGUUAUGUUGAUCAUUGAUUGACUGAUAGACUUUGACUUGACAUUCUGUAUUACUUAUUUUUUUAAUUUAUUUAUUUCUUUUUCUAAUUUUUUUUUUUCUCAUAGUGGCUGGUGUAAAUUUACGGGUGACACUAAAUUAGAUUUUUCGAUUUUCUUCCUGCAUUUGCAGGUAAUUCCUCUCCAGUUCAAACUGAUAAUUUUCAACCCAAUUCCAAUUUAGUUUAUAUUCAUUGCCAGCUUUUUGCCCUGAAUGUUAUAAAUGUAUUAUUCGGUAUAGAGUUAUUUAACUUGUGAUCAAUUCUAAUGAUGUGAAAGUUAGGAUAGGGUUCCACUUGUGAGGCAUAUGUUAGUAAUUGCCUUGAAUAUGUGAUCCACUAGAUUCUGAGAGUUAUGAUGCUUUCUUUUUAAUGUUGUAUAUGAAAUGCAUGAUGUAAUGUUUUAUGUAUUAUUUACAUGUACAUGCCACUUCUAUUGGCAUAAAAAAGCAAUGUUACUUUAUUUGUAAAGACAACAACUAAAAAAAUUAAUUAAUAAAAGCCAUGAAAAAAUGUAA